CCAGUCACCCCAGCAUAGCCGACGUUGCAUCCUGUCAGCUGGGGUGGGGUAUGAACGAUGGCGAAUCUGUGUACAAUUUUCGUUUGAAAGUGACAGCUAAACAACUUAAAUCUUCCUAAAGCGACCCUUUACUAUUGUCUCGCACUGCUAAGACUAUAUCAAGCAUCAAACGGUGGCGUGGUGAGAUGGAGUACUCUGCAGCGACCUUUCAGGUCAAUGCUCUUGGCCUAACGCUGCUUCAUCCGCGCGGGAGCGAGCCUAACUCCCAACCGCCGCCUACAGUCAACAUCGUCUUCGUCCAUGGCCUACGCGGUCAUCCACGAAAGACUUGGGAAUACCCAGCGCCUACCCGGCAGGAUGUUUUGGGCACGAAUGAUGUAGGGCGCGGCACAGUGCCUACAAAGAAGAGUCACCUACUCAGCAAUUUAAAACACAAGAUCCUGAAGCUAUCUACCCGGACUAGACCAGGCUUACAAGCAGCCGGCAGCUCUGGCCCAGGGAACGGUAAGGAGACUAUUUACUGGCCAGCCGAUUUACUUCCUUCAGUAGUGCCCAGGGCCAAGAUAUGGACGUAUGGGUACAAUGCCGAUGUUCAUGUCGGGUUUUUUCAGGCCAAUAAUAAGAACAGCAUUCUGGAGCAUGGUAACGAUUUUAUGAUGAAAGUGGAGCGGGCUCUGAGGGAUGAGUUACCCAUCAUCUUCGUCGCACAUAGUCUCGGUGGACUGGUUGUCAAAGUGGCAAUAAACGACAUGCAGUCGAGCAUCGUCGACCAGUAUAAACAAUUCUCUCGCCGAAUCCGAGCCGUUGUCUUCUGCGGUUCACCGCACAGAGGUAGCGAUGCUGUGGCAUGGGGCAAGCUGGCUACCAACCUGUUCGCCAUGGCCCUCAUGGACACAAAUUCAAGACUCCUUUCCGAUUUGCAAGUUGAUUCUAGGAUUCUCAGUCUCAUCCAAGCCAACUUUCUGAAGGCGCUGCACCGGGAGCCUCUACGUAUUCACUCAUUCCAGGAGGGUAGAGCCUUGACAGGGGUAAAAGGACUGAACGAUAAAGUAAGGAUAAAGCAAGCGCGUCAUGGCACGAAACCGGUACUGACCUUGCAGGUUGUUGACGACUUCUCUUCUAAGCUUGGCUGGGCUCCAGAAACCUUCGAAACCAUAGAUGCAGAUCACCGGGAAAUGGUUAAGCAGCCCGGGGUUCAGGACAUCUCGGACAUUCUCAAGGAUUUCGAGCAAGACGUAGUGAAGGCCGCGCAGGCACUCAAUAUCGGUGAGUUAAGGCUUGCAUGAUAACCAUUGCUGUCGCUUGUCGGAUAAGACUUGUACAGAUAUAGCAACUACUUGCCUGUUGGAUAGAUACGAGACCUGAUU